GAGAAAACAAGAUUCAGCAAUCAUCAGAAUAUUAUUUGAAUCAAAAAAACAUUAUGGCGCCCCGCGCUCCUCCAGCCUACGACCCUAUUCCACUGAACAAGCCUCUCUACAAGGCCAUUGCAGAUACGGGAUCGGUCUCUGGCGCGCGUAAAUUGGUCAAUUCAUUUAAUCUCCCUAUCCGGAGCGGGCGAGCAUGGGAAGUUCGUGCAGGCCAAGUAUGUCGCAUUAUCACUCCUGAGGGGCCGCAGGUUGGAGACCUGAAUAUCUGGAAUCGACACAAUCCACGCGAACGAUUUUGGGCAGCCCGCACGCGGCAAUUGCAGCAAAGCCAUGUAAAAUUGUUUGACCGGCUGUGGAGCUGCCUGCCAUUUUUGCGGCCGUUGGUUACGGUUACUGCUGAUUCUCUCUCAAAUUACGGCGUCGACGAAGCCGGAGGGCGGGUCCACGAUCUGCUUGGGACGAGAUGCGAUCCUUACGUCAACCAGCUAAUCAGUGGUACCUCAUUCGAUUUCCAAUGCCACUCAAACCUCACUCGUGCCGUGCUUCCAUACGGCCUGUCCGAGUCUGAUGUGCAUGAUGUUUUGAAUGUGUUCCAAGUGGCGGGCUUGGACGAAUCUGGAAGAUAUUUUAUGCAACCAUGUCCUGCCAAAGCAGGCGACUACUGGGAAUUCUUUGCCGAAACAGACGUGCUUUGUGCGCUAUCGACCUGCCCCGGCGGUGAUCUGUCCCAGUGGGGCUGGGGCGAAGGCGCAGAAGGCUCCGGCACGGAUAUGCUAUCAUGCUGCCGUCCACUGGCCGUGGAGGUUUAUGAAUUGAUGAACAGAGAGGAGCUGCUUAAAGAUUGGAAAGAACCAUUGCCGGCUGCGUACAGGGGGAUACAUGGGCUGGUGCUUGAUCCUAACAGUUCUCGAGUCUGAAGAAUGGGGGUACCGCUCGUCAGGGCCUAUUCCGAGUGGAGUUGAAGGAGUCAAAAAGUCCGAAACCGAAAGGUGAAAAGGUGUCACCGUGU